UUUCCUUUUACUAUCCGUUACUAAGUCAGUUGACCUUUUCUUCUUGCCCAAAAAUCACUCUCAACUCUUAUUACACACAAACAAAUUUUUUUGUUCUUUUUUGUUGUUAAAAAUGGUUGCAAGAACUCCACCAAAGCAGCCGAGGAAGAAAAUGGCAGCCAUUGCCCCGCACCUCAGCCCAACUCUUCUGAGAGAAACAGUUAGAAAGGUGGAUAAAUGUAUGUCUAGAUUGCAGGAGCUUCAACACACGGUAACAGGUGGGUCGAAAGUGAUUUCGAGCCCUUUGAGAAGUUCUUACAGGACGAAUGUCCCUGCUUUCAAACAGGACUUAUCGAGGAUAAGAAAUGCUAAUAAUAAUCCCCGACGAUCCCCUCCCGGAAAGCUACCGCCGGUAAAAACAGAGGAUUGGCGAAAAAUGUCGUUGCCAGCAAUGCUGUUAGGCGAGACAAUGAGUGAACUCGUUCAAGCAACUCAGUUUGCAAGAAACAUUGUUGUUCAGGCAGCAGCAACUCUUCCUAGUAAGAUCCGAAAAUCAUCCGACGACCCGAAAACUCCUCCUCUGGAGAAAAAAAAGCCGAUUCGCAACAUGAAUCUCGAGGACACGUGGCAGAAGAUGCAAGCUCGGAGGAAAAGAGAGAAGAAGAAGCAAACUGUGGUAUGGCCAGGGCCAGGUGGGACUUCCCCACGAGCAAAAUCCAAAAUAAACUUUAAAGAGUGUGACAAAGAAAAUUGCAGGUAUGUAAUAGAAGCUAAUCGGGUUUCUCCAAGAAACAGGCCGUGGGCCCGAAAGACUGUCCUUUUCCCGAACCCCAUUUUCCAUUCAUCACUUUCGCCUACACGAGAAAAAGUUCCGGUGAUUGCGAGAAGUAUUCGGCAAACUCCACAUAAGUUUCUGAUCAAAAGCCCUCCUUUGAAAUCGGCAAACAGGCUCAUGAUAAUCUCGCCACUCAAGGGAAGAAAAAACGGGGAGAAUAUGAUGAUGAUGAAAGAAAUUGAGAAGAGUCGAGAGAUUGCUCACAAGUUCUUGAUGAAAGGGAAAACAAAAAACGAGUCGGCGGAUGGUUUGGGCAAGAAACUGUCACCUCCGCCAGCUAAGCUGAGGAGAUCAUUUUCUCCGUCAAGGCUUGCAAAAAGGAUAGUGUUGUCGCCUAUGAAGUUCAGAAGCUCUAUGCAAAAGAAUGGAGGGUCUACAAAUAUUUGAAGUUAGAAGCUCUAUGCUAAAUGGAGGGUGUGAAAAUAUUUGAAGUUAUUAUUACUUGAUGGUGAUUUGUUUUUGUGUAAGGUUGUGGAUAUUUUUUCUUUAUAGUUCACCACUGUGAAUUCUGUUAUUCAUUUGAUUGAUGAAUGUGUUCCAUUCAUAUCCAAUAUAUUCAUGAUUUCUAUGAGUAUUCCAUUUUGAAUUCUGAUCUGGAAAGUUGUAGAGACUAAUGGAGUGCAAGUGCUUUAAGGAAUGGGGCCUUGGGG